CCCUCUCACUUCUCUCCCUCUCUCAUUUUUGUGGAGUUCAAAGAAGCUCAGAAAGCACAUCACAGAGGAGACAGAGCAGGGGGCGACCUGACCAAUUUUAGAACACACAAAGAAGAGAUCAAGGGAGGAAGGAAGGGAAAAAAUGGUGAGCAAAAUGAACAUGCUUGUGUUGAUGGUGUUCCUAGGAGCCUCGAUCCGGUGUUGCAGCGCUCAGACGACGCAUGUGGUCGGCGAUUCGCUCGGGUGGGUCGUCCCGCCCGGCGGUGCGAUAGCCUACUCCACUUGGGCCGCCAACGAGACCUUCGUCGUGGGCGACACUCUCGUUUUCAAUUUCACGACCCAAGAACACGAUGUGGCCAAGGUGACAAAGGCAGCAUUCGACAGCUGCGACUCCACGAGCCCCAUCUCGCUCCAGACUGACGGGCCGGCGAGCAUCGCCCUCAACCAAUCCGGCGAGCACUUCUUCAUCUGCACAAUCGGCCAACACUGCAGCCGUGGCCAAAAGCUUGGGAUUAACGUGAGCACUGCCUCGGCUCCAGCCCCGGCCCCAACAACUACACCACCACCACCACCGGCUGCUUCUGCACCAGCACCAGCAACCACCCCGACAAGGUCACCGGUGACUUACACUGUGGGUGAAAAUGUUGGAUGGAAUGUGCUUGCCAACACCACUCAGGCCUAUGAGCUCUGGGCUGCCAACAAGACCUUCAUGGUUGGUGACAUUUUAGUGUUUAACUUUGUCAACGGAACACAAAACGUCGCCGAGAUUACCAAAUCAGCAUUCGACUCCUGCAACACCACCUCCCCUAUCUCUGUCUCCACGGUCCCGCCAGUCAGAAUCACCCUUACCACCCUCGGCGAGCACUUCUACACAUCCACCUACCCAAACCGCUGCUCCCUCGGCCAGAAGCUCGCCAUCAACGUUACCGGCAGCUCCGCCACAACUCCAUCACCGUCUCCCACUACCACCCCAUCGUCACCGUCCCCAGCCUCCACCCCCACCCCAUCGUCGCCAUCCCCCGCUACCCCUCCGUCGUCCACCGCCACACCGCCCUCCACCUCUACUAGUCCUCCUCCACCUACUACCACCACCACACCUCCAACAACCUCCACCACCCCUCCUCCGCCGGGGAAUUCCGCCGCCUCUUUGAGCGUCACUGGCUUGUUUUCAGGGAUUCUAUCGAUUGCCGUAGUGUUGUUGUACUAGAUUAACUAAGUGAUCUAUUUCCUACCUUUCUUUACACGGUUGUUAUGACUCGUUUUCGUGAGUUGCUUUUCUGGAAUUGAGACACUUACUUAUUGAUUGUGAUUGAUUUUAUACAAUAAAAUCUUUUUUUUU